AGAACGCGUGUUGUUUGCAUGUCAAAACACGAUUAAAGCCGUGCUAGCAGAAUUCCUGCAAGCAAUUUCUUCAGAACUAAUUCUUUUCUCGAGACGGUCGGAUGUGUUUUCGGAUUGUGAACAGUCGGCUUAUCAACUUUUAUCGUUUCCACAAAAGGAUCCACCGUGAAUCUUGUGUAAAAUAAAACCACUUGAACAAGUUUCCGCUCUGAUCACAGGCUAGUAUACAUUGCGAUGGAUCAACAACCAAAUCGUGGACGAGGACGAGGAACUCGCGGAGGCCCAGGAGGGGGCGGAGGGCAACCCAACUGGAAUCGGGGAGCAGGGGACGGGCCCAGCACUAGUGGGCAGCAGCCAGUGCCACAGCAGCAAACUCCGGUUGCCGGAACUAGUGGUGGUGGUGGUGGUGGUGGAGGCCGUAAUGGUGGUGGUGGCGCAGCCGGCAAUUCACCGCCGAUCGCUCACCGCGGAGGUGGUAACGGCAAUGGUGGCGAUUCGGCAACACUCGGCCGUGGUGCUAUCCGCGGUAUGCGAUACAUCCCGGAGGUGGUGGUUACGCGAAACGCAAAUUCACCUGCAAAGCAGGGCGUCACCGGCAACAAGCUGGUGGUGAAAACCAACUACUUCCGGUUGACGCGAAAGGACCAGGACAAGUCCGUCUUUCAGUAUCGCGUCGAUUUCGAACCCCUGGUGGAGGAUGUGCGCGUCAUGCAAGCACUGAUACGGACCCAGGGGCCGGUAAUCGGCCCGUACAUCUUCGACGGUACGAUGCUGUUUCUGUACAACAAGCUGCGCUCGGAGAUGGUCGAACUGCAGGUGAAGGAUCCGCGCACGGACGUGCUGUAUAAGCUGACGAUCCGGCACGUCGGUACAGUAGACAUGGCCAGUGAAAUGGCCUUCAUGAUCCUGAACCUCAUGCACCGCCAAGCGAUGGGUAGUCUGAAGCUGUUGAUGAUCAAUCGCAACUUUUUCGAUCCGGAAGCGAAAAUUGCUAUCCCGCAGUACGGGCUGGAACUAUACCCUGGGUAUGUGACAUCGAUUCGCCAGCACGAAAGCGAUGUGUUGAUGUGCGUGGACAUAACGCACCGUGUGCUGCGGACGGAUACAUGCUACAAGAUACUGCAGAACAUGCAGCGCCAGCCGGGUGCGUUUAGGACGAACUUUCAAAACAUGAUGAUCGGUGCGAACGUGAUGUCCGUGUACAACCAGAAGAUGUACAAAAUUUGUGAUGUCGAUUUCAACUCGUCACCCUCGUCAACGUUCCCGACCAAGGAAGGUGAUAACAUCACGUUCAUCGAUUAUUACAAAAAGCAGUACAACAUUACGAUUCGAGACCCGAAGCAACCGAUGCUGAUAUCGCUGCCGAACGAACGGCUCGUUCGCCUUGGGAUGGACAAACCGAUUUUGCUGGUGCCGGAGCUGUGCCGUAUGACGGGCAUCACGGAGGAUAUGCGGAAGGACUUCAAUCUGAUGCGCGCCAUUGCCGACCAUACGCGGCUCGGUGCGGAUAAGCGCAUCCAGCGGCUGCAGCGCUUUAACGAGCGUCUGCAGAAUUCCGCCAACCGGGAGGUGUUCCAGUUCUGGAAGACGGAGCUGGAUCGGCGUUUGGUCGAGGUGCCGGCCCGUGUCCUGCGCCAGGAGUCAAUUAUGUUCCGUCUGGAAGGGGACGGUGUACCGGCGGGACCGGAAGCGGAUUGGGGCCAAGCGUUGCACAAAAACCAAAUGUUCAAAACAAUACCGUUGCAGCGCUGGUACGUGGUGUGCGAGCGCGGCAAGGAAACGCUGGUGAAAGAUUUCAUUGGCUGUAUGAUGCAGGCCGGCAGGGGCAUGAGUUUCCGGAUUGCCGAACCGCAGAUCGUCACGGUACAAAAUGACAGCGGCCAAGCGUACAAUCAAAUGUUGGCCAAGCUGUUCAACGAAGAUCUGCAGCUGGUGAUGUGCGUUGUACCGAACGAUCGGGCUGAUCGUUAUGCCUCCAUCAAGAAAGUGUGUUGUGUCCAGCGUGCGAUACCUUGCCAGGUGAUGAAGUCGCGCACGAUCACACCGAAGAACGGGAACGUCCGCACACUGAUGUCCGUGGCAACGAAGGUCGUCAUUCAGCUAAACUGCAAACUCGGCGGCAUACCGUGGAUGGUGAAGAAUCCGCUCGGCCAUGCGAUGGUGGUUGGUUUUGACGUGUGCCACGAUACGAACGACAAGUCGAAAUCGUUCGGUGCCCUCGUGGCCACGAUGUACUCACCGAAACAGGUCGAUCCGAAGUACUUUUCCACGAUCGAGCCACACAAGCGGGGCGAAGAACUGUCCAACUUUAUCGCGUCCGGCAUCGGGAAGUCGCUCCGGGAGUACCAGCGUGCGUACGGUGCGAAUAAUUUGCCGCGCCGUAUUAUACUGUACCGCGACGGUGUCGGCGAAGGUCAGCUGGGCCAUGUGGUGAACUUCGAAACCAAGACGAUCAAGAGCACGCUAAACCAGAUCUAUGCGAACUUUAAGGACUUUAAGCCGAUGCUUACCAUAAUGGUGGUGAACAAGCGUAUCAACACGCGCCUGUUUAUGGCGGACCGUAAUCCACCGCCGGGCACGAUCGUUGAUGACAUCAUUACUUUGCCGGAAAGAUCCGAUUUCUACAUGAUUUCGCAAACCGUCCGCCAGGGUACGGUAUCACCGACCUCGUACAAUAUUGUACACGACGAAAGUGGCUUAACGGUGGAUCAGCUGCAGGUGUACACCUCCAAACAGACCCAUCUGUACUACAACUGGUGUGGUACGAUUGCCGUCCCGGCAGUUUGCCAAUAUGCUCACAAGCUGGCAUUCUUAACAUCGCAGCACCUUCACCAACAGCCGAACCAAAAUCUGAGCAAUCGUCUCUACUAUUUGUAGAGGAUUUUGUUCUAGCAACAUUCGUAGAAUGACACACCACGUGGUACAAAGUGAAGAGCAUACAGAAUUCUAAUAUGAACAAUAUGUUCCUAAUAGAUUUAUAUCGAUAGACACGAAACAAAAAAUAUCUUAGAUCUUCCCCAUUAAAAAAAACAUGUGUUAAACACACACACACACACCCUCCGAUGUAUGCAGGUGUUCGAGAGGAGCGCAUAAUGGAAAUUGCGCUUUCUUUUUUCAUCAAUUACCACUUGUAUGCAUUUUUUUCUUAUCAUUUUCAUUCUUUUCUUCAGUAUACUUUAAGAACCAGACAAAGAUUCUGAAUGCGGCUAAUAGCCUCUUAUUUGUCGACUGCGGAGGAAGUUUAUUAAUUCGAAACAUUCGUAAAGUUUGAACCUUCUUUUACCCCCAACGCCGUGAGGGGUAAGUUGGUUUUUUUUUUGUAGAUUUUAAGCAAAUCGAAUUUACCUUUGUUACAAGUGAGACAUUUUUACUUUGAUGAUUGAACAACAUUCUGAAUUAUUUUCCUAAAAAAAAAAGGAAAAAGAAAAGCAUUCAUUCACAUUUGUGCCAUUGCACUUUUUGUACUACAUUGAAGGCACUCGAAAAUACGCGUAGAAGUGCGAGAGAGAGAGAAAGAGAGAAAGAGAAAUGUAUUUUUAUACAACUUUACCAUUGUUUAUUCAUAUUGUUAAGCUCUCAGGUUGCGUAUAAGAAUUUUGUUUUCCAUGAGAAUAUUAAUAAAUUGAGUUUGUAUACAUAAA